AGUGCUGUAUCAACGAGUACGGAAUUUCUUUAUUAUACCAGAACAUACAUUCAGAUCAUCUGGCAAAACUGACGAAGAAUGACAAUCAAAGGUUCUGGAUAAUUAAUCAGAUAGCAAUAUUCUGCUGAUGUAAAAAGGAUCCGAGAAAUGUGACAUGGAUGUGUUAUCUUCUCUUUAAUCAAGGAAUUUUAAAACAUUCAUCUGAAAUUCAAUUACGGCUGGAAUAACAGUUAUUUGAAUUGAUUCUUUGGUGUUUAAAAGUGAUUACAAGCUUUUUUUGCCUGAAUACACUACCUAAUACUGGAUAAACAUUUGUGAAAUUGUCCGGUUCAUGUUGUGUAAAUACUUUACGUGGUAUCUGAGACACACCUGUCUUACUGGUAGUAGACACGGUGAUGUCAAAAAGAUACACCAUCAAAACUAGACACGAUGUGAUACACUCGGAUAAACAUCUUAACCUUCAUCGCAAUAUUAGUCACAUUUCUGACUGUGAUUCGUAAACUAGACACUCAGAUACACAUGUUUUACAGUUAAUCACAUGAUAGACACCCUGUGAUACACUUAGAUGCACGUCUUCUUGUUUGUACACAAUAUUAAAAAGACAUCGAUACAUUUAGAUACCUGUCUAACUCUCUGUGAGGAACGCUAGAAAGACAUUGUGGUGUUAUGAUACACUUGUCUUAUCGUGAAUACACAAUAAGACAUAUAGAACUGGAGCAACAUUGAGAUGCUGUAAUAUUUAGAUACUGUGACAGUCGCUGUUUCACGGAUCAUAAUUUAUAAGGAUACUCGACAAAGACAAUACUGAUACACUCAGCUACUUACUGCUGUCUAGUUUAGCGUGACGUACCUGAGUCUGAAACAGAGAAUCUACGUCAGCCGAAUACUAGAGAACUUGGUGGAAUGUUAGAAUCCUGUGUUCGUUAAGACGUCGAUACAGAACUGUAAACAGAGUUCGGGCUAGUUAGCCGACACUGUUGCUAAUAAUUCAUCAUUAUCACAGACGGUUGUGUUUCAACUCUUUCCUCAUUAUGACAUAUUUUUCUCUAUCAAAUAACACUUGCGUUACUACUAGAUUACAUUGUGUCGAAGGAAAUGUUGUAGUUCCUAAAUUAACCCCGUAUGUCAAUUGAAUAAUGUGGACAAAAUCGAAAGCUUUAAAAUUGGCAAAUUGGAAUUAAUUUACAACAGAAGUCGUUCACGUUGCAUCCCAACCUCCCAGUAAAUAUUGCACCGAGUUGUCACAGACAGCCCGCCGGGGUAUAGCGUGCCUAAAGGGAGCCUGGCUCUCGGGAAUGGAGGCUGCUGCCAAUCGACAACAUAACUACAUCUGUCGUUUAUACAACAUGGAAGUACCACGAAUUUUACCAUUAUUCCUGUUACUACUUGUAUUUUCUCUUGCCGAAAGUGGACUUAAAGAAGAGGAGGUGGACAAGACACUUAGAGCGGUCCUAGCGUGCAAUAAAAACCCAGGUAUGGCCGUUUCCGUGGUCAAGGAUGGCCGGAUUGUGUUUUCAAAAGGAUAUGGAGUAAAAAAUCGAGAAACUAAGGAGCCUGUUUCUAACAAAACAUUAUUUGGAAUUGCGUCCCUGUCCAAGGCUUUUGCAUCAACACUGCUUGUCAAACUACUACAUCGAACCAAAGAAAUUACGUUGGAUACGGAGAUAAGUAAGAUAUAUAAUAACGAUAACAUCUUCAGUGAUGACCUUCGCUCUCGUUACGUCACCAUCCGGGACCUUUUAGCACAUAACAUUGGUAUCCGUAGCAACAACUACAUGAGAUUCGACGAUACUCUAACAAGGGGUAACAUAUACAGGCGUCUAAAGUACCUGCGUGGCCGAGGAAGGUUCCGAGAGAGCUUUUACUAUAGUAAUCUCAUGUAUGGCGUCAUCACGGACAUUGCCGAGCGACUUGGCAAGAAAAGUUGGGAGGAUCUCGUGAGAGAAGAACUCCUUAAUCCAAUAGGAAUGACUUCUACAACAUUUGCAACUGUAGCCGAGGAAAAGGAGAUCGACCUCGCUACAGGAUAUAUCGAUUUCUACGGUGACAUCCACCCAGUGUCAUUUAAGUUAUCAAAAGAGUGGGGUAACCUAUGCGGAUCCGGUUGUGUAAUGAGUUCUGCAAAUGACAUGGCCAAAUGGAUGAUGUUUCAUCUUGACAAGGGACGUAAUUCAUUCUCCGUGAGAGUCGUGGACGAGAGGGCGCUAUCACACACACACAAAGCUCAUAAUACCAUCGCCAAGUCGUCCAUUUUCAAAUACUUCACCAAACCAGUGGUACCCCAUACCCAUUGUCAGACCAACUACGCCCUAGGGUGGAAAAAUGGCUACUAUCGAGGAUAUGAAAUAUUGACACAUUCAGGAUCGACAUGGGGAUACAGAGCACUAAUAACACUUUUUCCGGCCAUGCGCCUUGGUGUCUACACGUCACUGACGGGGGAAGAUUACGGCUACAUUUUGAGGACAAAUAUACAUAAUUAUUUGGCAGAUAUGUACCUGGAGGAGACUCCAUGGCUUAAUGGGUCAACCAUAUGUUCCUUUCCAGAACCAUGGUUUAGACCUGGCAAGGAGAAGCCAAAACCCUUGAUCGACAAAACACGUGCUCUUCCUAGAAAUACGACUUACUAUGUUGGAGAAUAUGAAAAUCCAGCUUACGGAAGAAUGAUUGUGGCUGUCAACGGUACAACAGGAAAACUGAUUAUCAAAUACGGAGUGGUGACAUUGGGCUUGUAUCCGAAAGCUAUGAAAGACGAAUUCCAUUUCGAGACUCUUGGAUUCGCCGCGUUUGUGUUAAAUUUUGGAACGAUCAAGUUUAAGAUGGAAACUCUAUCGGGUUACUUUGCAGCAUUCCAAGUAACAACCUUUGACACAAAAGAUCCGCCAGAAUUUCAAAGAUUUAUGGCUCAAAAUGAUCUUCCGGAAGUUGGUAACACAUUGUACGUUGCCUCCAAUCCAAAUGGUGCAAGCACUCUACAUUUCGGAAAUCUACUGUAUGGUAUUCUUAUCAUUUGGAUUAUAAAUCUGUUUACCUCUAGGAAAAUUUCAAGCUGUCAAUCAUAACGGAUGUAGAGAUAGUUUACAAUGUCUAUACUGGUCAAUAUCUGGUUAAGGAACCACAAUUAUAUAUCUCCAGUCCUAGCACUAUCAAAAAAUCUGGAAACAAAUCCUACUUGUGGCGGUUUUUAUUCCUUAGAAAUAUGAGAAAUAAACCGGUCUGUGCUGUCAUGAUGUGUCCUUGAGCAGGAACAUUUAGCUCAAUUGCUCGGGAUGGCAUGCAACGGGCCUUCCGUAUGUUGUUCAAUGAGUUACCAACCACUUACAAGAACUGCUAUAGGACCUUGUCACAAUAUGGCCCUAGCUGUUUAAGGGCGAUAAACCAAAUAAACAAACACUCAAUCAAUUUAGGAAUUAUCCAAUCCACAGGCGUACGAGACCCAUUCUCAAAGAUACGCCCAUGUAAAAAUAUUGUCCGUACUGGGUUUGGAUGCCACGGAAACGAGAUACACAGGAACAUUUUUGUUCGCAUUAUCGAGAUUUCCUUACAUUGCUAGUGGUGUGAAAAGACAAGGAAGAGAAGUCCAUGCAUUUGGAGAAAGUUCUGCGUAAUAUAUAUAAUACUUAUAAUAUUUAUAAAGAAGUUAUUUGGAUAAGCGAGACUCCGCUGCAUCACGAGAAUUUUUCACGCUGCAACAAAAGAAGAUUCUCUUCAGAUCAGUAUGUGUUCAUUACAAUUAGGAUUGAUUUUGUGCCAGUGAGACGCCACUUCACCGAGAGAAAAUUUCCGGAUUAGCGAGACUUUGCUUUGCCGACAGAAUUGACUGAAAAAAGUCUUGUUAAGCGAGACUUUCCUUUUCAUUAGUUUUAUUUUGGAUAAAAGACUAUUCUCGGCGAUAUUUGAUGUUGGAACUACAGAUGGUAAAUGUUCUGCUUCAUUGAAGGGAUACGCGUUACAGGUAGUGGACACCUGAUCAAGGGGUUUGGACAUAAAGAGUGUUUCUAAUUCGCCAGAUUUAGAUUAUUUAAUAUGUGUAGAACGUUGGUAUGAUCUAUAGUGCUGUAUAUAUCCAAACUUAGAAACAUGCAAAAUUUGAGGAUUAACUACUACUCCCCGCGUUCUAGUCUCGUGAUCAAUAACUACGGCUCUUAAUUGACUGAGUAACGUAUUGGAUCAACCGAGAGAGUUAGUCUGAAGGUAUAGGAUUUUGGACGAACGAAUCAAGUAAGAGUAUAAUAAUCUGUAUUUGUUAGGCACCAUUAAACUUUCAGGUAUAUGCAGCUCAGUUUUCGAAAAUAAUGUAGAGAAGUGUUCUUUGGUAUGCUGUGACCCUAACCAGUUAUUGACCAACGCAACAUUCUAAGCUAAUUUACAGAUUGUUUUUGUGUACACGAAUCAACAUCGUCCAAAAAUGAGGGGAUUGGCUAUUGGGUCUUGUUAUACAAAAAGUAGCAUAUUUGAUUAGAAAACAUUUCACUUUUUAUUAUACAGAAAGUAGUUUUUCUUAUUUUAAAAAUUCCUGAUUUAGUUUUAUCUGGUUAGCUUAGAAAUAAUUAAAAGAAAAAAUGUAUAUGGUCUAAUCAAUGUUAAAAAUAUCACGAAAAUAGCACAUUUGUGUUUUUGUGAACUAAGACCUGGUAAUGGGAUUCCAAGGAGGCCACGAGCUUAUUAAGCUGGUUUACAUUCUACUGUUGGAUUAUUGAGUUGUUGGUUCCUAGCUACUUACCAGUCAAACAUGUACAUUAUUUUAUUUUCCCAACAAACGUAAUAUUUUACAUUUUCUGUUUCUAUCGUUAUGUGCUAACUUUGAUAUUUAUAAAAUACUAAUGAUUUGUGUUAUAUAAAUACGUCAUUAUUAAGUGCGUGUCACAUGAUAUACCAUGUAUACGAAUUCUGUCUACGUGUCUGUGUACUGUGACACACGUCAUCGGUUGGUGUGUCUUUUACCCCUACGUUGUACUUAUGUUGUAUCCCGAUCGACAACGUAAUUACAGUUCUCAGCAUGUGUCCGGGAAAUAUUAGAAACAGAAAAUUUUAUAUAUCGCUUCAACUAGCUGGUGCCAUUCAAGUCUGGAUGUUAAUAGAACAAAACACACAAUUAACAUCCCUAACUGAUUUUUUUCAGGGAUUGCUAUUCUGUCUUAAUCCACCAACAAUUUCAGUAUAAUUGUUAAAGACAUGGAUUGACGAUAAAUACUAGAUCCGAUUGAAGGUACUGUAAUUGGGUUUUUCUACUUUCUCACGCGAAUCCACAGAUCUUUCCAGAAUGGUAUCAUAUUCAACUGUUUACGUAUUCUGACUGACUGUCUCGACAAUAUGCUGGUAGCUUCCACGUAUUGUGUUUCAAUCAAGAUAUAUUCUCUGUGUCAUUAAGUGCACUAUGUGAAUGAUGCGGUUUUCUGCGUGUAAUUUCGAUAAGGAAUUCGUAUCGGAUUUAAGGUCUGUGUAUACAUGUAGGUUAACUUUCGAAAUAUUCUGUUUUAAGAAUAUAAUGUGUUUCAUUCUAAUCGAAUUUCUCAAUCAUUUAUUAGCCAAUCAUUAAAUCACCCUUCGUCCGUCGCCCGUCCUUGUUAUCGCUCCUACUUGACAAACACUGGAUAGAUCAUUCUCAAAUUCCAAAAUAGGUUCCUCUUGGCCCCUAAUUGUGCCUGUUUAUAUUUGGGAUUAGUCAGAAAAACUAAAAUGGCUGACAGGCGGCCAUCUUGGAUUUUUACAACUAAAGUUUGUUAUCACUUUUUUCUUGGGAAAAUUGGACAGAACUUUCUCAAAUUUCAUGUAUAUGUUCCCGUGGUCCAUAGUGGUGUCCUUUAGACUCUGGGAUUAAUUAGAAAAACAAAAUGGCGGACAAUGACCAUCUUGGAUUUAGCAGUAUAUUAUUAUCGCAAUUUCUUUGAGAAAUUUUUAAAUUUCAUAAGAUUAAGAGCAGAAGCAGAAGGAAAAAAUUAAAGUGAAAGAGCGAACUUGUAAAGAACGAAAAAGAUCAAACGAUGGUGGAAGCCAAAAUGCUCGAUGAGAUCUCUUGUAUAUACAUGUAUAUAUUGCAAAUGUUACACGCUGUGCAUAGAAUAAGUCCAUUUAUGUAUCUGUUGCUAUGACGAAUAACUUUUACUUCACGUUGAGCAUUAACCGUUCGGUGUAACCUCUGCCUUAACCUCAUGUAUGCACGAUAUGUGAACUUCCUAUAAUAUUUCAUUUUUACCAGGUAUACGCUAUCUUUAUCGUCUUGAAUGCUAAGCAUCAAAGUAUAUGUCUGUAUUACUCUUUGAAUGACAUUCAUAUUAGGAACGUUUUCAAGACAUAGUAGAUUUUACAUUUUUCCUCGAGAUAAAAGAAAAGAAAUAUUUUCAUUUUUUUCAAAAUUCCACCUAUUGUAUAGUUCUGUCUUCCUAUCCACACUUAAGCAAUAGUUAUAUGGUAUUUAUCAUAGCGAUAAACCACCUUUUUCGAUUUGACAGAAAAAAAGACAAUUUCUAUUAUUUUAUAAAAUGAAAUAUAUCUGUUGAAAUUGAUUGUGUCUGGUAUAUCACAUCGCCGCCAUAGUGAUGGAGCGCCGCCAUUACACGUCCCCACGCUAUUCCUGUUAACAGAUGUCUAAAUUUCGUGUCGUCCUGUACUUAAUGUGAAUUUUUUCCCCCAAAUUUCAUUUUAGAUGUGAGAAAGUCUUAAGAAAGGUUUUAUUGGUAUUUGUGCGUUUGAUAGAUUUUGGUAUUUGUGCCCAAGUGUCACUGCAUUGUUGUUAUUAACUCUUUCGCUUUUAGCUGUUGACCUGCGUGAUGACGUGCAAUGUAGGUAGAUAUAUGUACAUAGUACAUGAAUCACCCCAUGAUGAAUUAUGUCUGUACCUAGAAAAUAACAAUAAAAAUAUUGUUCAUAC